AUGGCUUCUCCACAACGUCAGCAGCUGUUGCACAACAGCGAAGUGAGCUGUGAUUCCAGUGGGGAUGGUGCCGUGUCUGUGCGCAUCAUCAGCACCAAACAGCAGCACUGUUCUGGCGUCCUGGCCUCCAACCCCAUAUGUAAUUUCAUGGGGGGCUCCAAACGUUGCAAAUACAGCAUUUCCUCCAGCUGUAGUUCAGGGGAGUCCUGCAUCCGUAAGCCAGCGGUCAAAAGUCUAUGGACUCAGAGGAAAAUGCCUCAGCUGUUUGAAAGAUCAGUUGGACAGUUCUGGAACCCAAAGUUUGAUUCCAACAUCCUGGAGGAGGCUUGUCGCGAGCACUGCUUCCCUCAGACCCAAAGGCGCUUCCGGUGUGUUCUUUUCUACCUGUCUGUGGCUGAUCUGCUCUGGGGGGCCUACUUUAUUGCCAACCCAGAUCUUUGUGAUUACAUGACUUUUUUGGUGCCCACAGCUUUGUUUCUGCUUUGCUGUCUCCUGCUGUUCCUCUUCACGUUUACCCGACACUAUACCCGCUGCUAUGAUCAGGUCUCACUCCUUCUUGUCACAGUGGUGUUUACUCUCACACUCUCACCCCAGAUUCAAAACUUAGACUUAAAGGACUUGUUUGUUCUGACAUUUCAGAAUGAAGACACAGCAAACUUUAGUGACAUUGAGAGCAGGAACAUAACUCUAGACAUUGUCCCUCAAGGACGCCCCUGGGCUUCAUGCUUGUCUCCAGUGAGCACCUUCUCCUUUAGUGUGGAAGUUCUUAUGUUGCUGUAUAGUGUCCUUCAUGUUCGUCUCUAUGCUACAGUGAUACUGGGUUUACUCUACUCUGUGCUGUUCGAAGCACUUGGCUGGAUGCACUUAAUACUGGAGGAUGGAUGGAGUUAUCCCAGUGAGGAGCAGAAAGCUGACUGGGAAACCUUUCAGUGGCUGGCUCCUGCCAAAGCUCUUUUACAUCUGUGUGCCCAUGUCAUUGGCAUCCAUCUCUUCAUCAUGUCUGAGGUUCGCUCCCGCAGCACCUUCCUGAAGGUAGGACAAGCCAUCAUGCAUGGGAAGGAUCUCGAAGUGGAGAAAGCACUCAAAGAACGAAUGAUUCACUCUGUGAUGCCUCGCGUGGUAGCAAAUGAGCUCAUGAAACAGGGCGACGAUGACCAUGAUUACUCGGUAAAGCGCUACUCUAUGGGUGCUGCUUUAGCCUCUGCAUCCAGCCCUAAAAGCACAAAACGCAAGAAGACUUCGAUUCCCCGGGGUCAAAUAAUUUUUCGUCCAUUUAACAUGAAACGCAUGGAUCCAGUCAGCAUCCUUUUUGCAGACAUUGUGGGGUUCACCAAGAUGAGCGCCAAUAAGUCAGCACAUGCGCUUGUUGGACUUUUAAAUGACUUGUUUGGUCGCUUUGAUCGCCUAUGCGAGCUAACAUGCUGUGAGAAGAUAAGCACUCUAGGCGAUUGUUACUAUUGUGUUGCUGGCUGCCCCGAGCCCCGGUCAGACCAUGCAUACUGUUGUGUAGAAAUGGGAUUAGGGAUGAUUCAGGCCAUCGAGCAGUUCUGUCAGGAGAAAAAGGAGAUGGUCAACAUGCGUGUGGGCAUUCACACCGGCACCGUGCUUUGUGGCAUCCUGGGAAUGAAGCGAUUCAAGUUUGAUGUCUGGUCCAAUGACGUCAACUUUGCCAAUCUCAUGGAACAGCUGGGUGUUGCCGGAAAGGUCCACCUGUCCGAGGCCACCGCAAACUUUCUGGAUGACCGCUACUUACGGGAGGAUGGAGGAAUCACAGAAAGGAUCAGUCAGAGUGUGGUGGCAGAUCAACUAAAAGGCUUAAGGACCUACCUGAUCUCUGGAAGAAAGGUGGAAAGCUUUCACUGCAGCUGCUCACAGCUGGGCUUGGUUGGAGCUAAGCCGGUGGGGUCUUUGAGCAGUACAUCACACACACACUCUCCUGAUGUCCCAGGUUUGCCGUUAUCACUUCAACCAGGUCCUGUCAGAGCUAAGUCUGCUUGUCCUUCAUGCAGUGUGGUACUAGGUACUGCAGAGGAUCAGAAUCUAGCAGUGGGAGAAGAUCAUAAUGCCAGUCCUGAUGAGCACAAGGCCAGUAACACAAAGGUAUCUUCAAGCGAGAAUCCCACAGCUUUGAAUGGUCUACUAAACUUAACCCAAGAGGGGAUUCUAACCAACAGCCAGACAUCUCUUUCUGAGAUACUACAAGAGAAAGAGAAAAAGUGGGGAGGAGGAGGAUGCAUUGGCACCAUGGACCAUACUGCUCUUAUCCCUCUGCGCUCCAAGAACUUCAGAGAGAAAAGUGACACACACUUUGUGGAAGUAAUAAAGGAGGAUAGUCUGAUGAAAAAUUACUUCUCUAAGCCUCCUAUCACCAAACUGAGCCACAACUUUUUAGAUAAGUCCUUGGAAUCAGCCUACAAGACCAGCUACCAAGAGGAGGUGGAGAUGCAGGCACCUGUCCAGACCUUUGCAAGUCCCACAUUUAGCUCAUUUUUGGACAUGCUCCUGUGCUGCUUGGUCCUCCUGGCUCUUUCGGUCGCCUGCUUUCUUCAGCCUCUGGUCACUCAGCAGCCACUGCCGAUCCCUGCUCUUAUUGUGGCUGCGGUGACUGCCAUGAUCGAAUGUCUGGCACUUGUACUGGCUAUUCAGAGGGCAUUUUUCCUGGACAGGGUGUUGAGUUGUACCAGGACUUUGUUAUGGUUCAUCUCUGGCUGGGUCCCUCGACAUUUAAUAGGAGCAGUGCUGGUGUCAUUACCAGCCGUGUUGGUCUUUUCCCAUAUCAGCUGUAAAAUGGACCUCUCCAUACAGUUUACCAUGUUCAUCGUCUCCUCGGUCAUCAUUACCAUCAUCCACUAUUGUAACUUCUGCCAGCUGUGUUUCUGGAUGCGCUCAUCCCUAGCUACGCUUGUGGGACUUGUUCUUCUUGCCGUACUGUGGAGUUCACCUUGCAGAUCCAGUGACUUCAUUAGCAACAAUGGGAGCAUUACCCAGUCCUCUUUGGAUCCUAAGCCAUAUCUUCAGAAUGUACUGGGUCCUGAAGCUGUGCUGUCCUUCCUGCUGCUUUUGCUUCUUGUUUGGUUCCUCAACCGUGAGUUUGAGGUAAGCUACAGGCUCUACUACCAUGGCAAUGUAGAAGCUGAUCAACAUCGCAUUAAGAUCCAGAACAUGCGGGACCAGGCAGAUUGGCUGCUGCGUAAUAUCAUCCCUAUCCACGUGGCUGAGCAGCUUAAGGUCACACAGAGCUACUCUAAGAACCAUGAUAACGGCGGUGUCAUUUUCGGCAGCAUUGUUAACUUCAGCGAGUUCUAUGAGGAGAGCUAUGAAGGUGGCAAGGAGUGCUAUCGUGUGCUCAAUGAGCUCAUCGGAGACUUUGACGAGCUACUGCGUAAACCCACCUUCUCUAGUAUUGAGAAGAUCAAGACGAUUGGUGCCACCUACAUGGCAGCAUCUGGUCUCAACACCCAGCAUUGCGGUGACCAGACACAUCCUAAUGCCCAUCUUCGCUCCCUGUUUGACUUUGCCCUGGAAAUGAUGCGCGUGGUAGACGACUUCAAUAAAAAUAUGCUAGGCUUUAAUUUUAAACUGCGUAUUGGAUUUAACCACGGGCCCCUUACUGCUGGAGUCAUCGGGACCACAAAACUUUUGUAUGACAUCUGGGGGGACACUGUGAACAUCGCCAGUCGAAUGGACACCACUGGAGUAGAGUGUCGCAUCCAGGUUAGCGAGGAAAGCUACUGUGCGCUUAGCAGGUUCGACUAUGAGUUUGACUACCGGGGCACAGUCAACGUCAAGGGCAAAGGCCAAAUGAAAACCUAUUUGUAUCCAAAGAGUGGUGACAGCGGAUUUGUGCCUCAAUACCAGCUGUCUGUGUCGCCAGAGAUCAGAGCACAGGUGGAUGGCAGCAUUGGGCGCUCUCCCACAGAUGAGCUCGCAAAUAUGGUGCCUGUUGGCAGUGGUAUUAGUAUGGGCAUGUCUGUUUCUGUUGGUUCAAUGUUCAUGAGAAAUGGUGGUGCUGCCCAUGAAAAAACAGCAAACAGUGAGGCUUGCUCUUAUACACAUAAAACACAUCGCUCUGCCUCUGCUUGUGGCCUGACGUCUAUACCAGAGACCAAAAUUGGAGGAGAUGCAGCGGCAUCUUUUACUCAGACAGACCCCGACUUAACAUCUCCUGUCCUGAAUCCCAGCCAGACUGGACCCAGCGCAGCGGAAAGAGAAAGUUUAAUAAAGGAUCAACAACAAGGAUCCAUUUCUGAACAGAGCCAUUGUUAA